GUAUUUCAGGUAUUAUCAACGAGUUUAAAGUAAGUUCUCGUUGCUCGAAAAAUUCGGCUGCUCGUAGUUGGUACUUGUUUUGCAGAAUAAAAAUAUAAAUACUAAAUAAUCAUUUCCGUCGAAGAUUUGUAGUUUUGGAAUCGAUGGAAGCCACUUGGCCUAUCCAGGUGUUCGAAAUCAAAGCCAGGAAAAAGCAUACAGAAAAAGACUCGGGAUUCCUGAGGAUUGGCUCUCUCAACGUUCGGGUGAAGAAAACGACAGAAGCCUUCAGCAACUUUUUGGGAGUUGGAACGAACACGACGCGAAUUCCACCGACCCUGAGAACUAGCGUCCCACCCAACUCUACUUACUUUGAUAAACUGCACAAAAGUUGGGGCUCGGCUGACAACAUCCCGAAUGAUGAAAAUGGGGCAAUGCCACCGCCCAAGUACGGCUCCGUGAAGAAACGACGCCCCAAACAGGACACCGACAGCAGCCAGAGUGUUCCGACCACUCCGAAUCAAGCACGUGCCCCCAUCGGAACGUUGGACCCGAACGCGAACGACACCCCGGACGAGUCCGACUCGGAUACGGCCUGUGGUUUCGAUUCUGCAUGGAGACCAACGUAUCUUUGAGUUAUUAAUAGAUUUGUGUCGAUAGAUUUCUUAUACUCUACCUACUAACAAUCAGAGAUAAAUGAUAAAUCGAAUCUCAUUGUUGUUUACUCAAAUAGUCUUGGCAUUUUAUCUAACGUCGAGAAAAACAGAAAAGUUAUGAUUGAAAUAAUCUUUAGAGCAUUUAAUUAUAAUUCUGAUUUUUUACAAAAUAAAAAUUUU